UCAGUCGAGAUAUUUGUAUUUUACUUUAAAGAUAAGAGGUUAAAUCAGUGUACAACGCACUGAAAUAUAUACAUAUUGGAACGUGUGCUGGCGUUGAAACGCGAGGGAAGAAUAGAUGCUGUCAAAGGGUUCACGCUGUGAGCGUGAAUCGGACCGCAGCCCUUGUCGUACACUGGCAUGCGUACAAAGUUAGAAAAAGACAGGUGGAAGCGUUGAAAAAGCCUUGUGUCCACGAUGCUAGAAAUCACUCCAAGAUCUCGGACGGAGAAAGAAUUAACCAAUCGCAUUGGUUAAUUGCCGAAUUGUUUAAAUAUGAUUGGUCAAUUUUUUGUUCGUCCACAAGACAGUAUUGUGCGUUAGGGCCUGAGCAGAAUAAACUAAUUAUUAAGACAAUGUUGUAUGCUUUAUAUCUUUGUUUUUAGCAACGCUACUUACUGUCUUGUGUUUCAAGUCACGAGUGUACGAAGUGUCAACAUUUGUAAGACUUUUGAGACGCAAGACAGUAUUAUGCGUUACUAAAAACAAAGGUUUAAAGUAUAAAACAUUGUUUUAAAAUUAUAAGUCAGCCAAGCUAUUCUGCUCAGGCCUUAAGAGUCUAUCCUUCCCUCGUUUUCCGUUUAGCUGUAGCAUAGGCAGUGCGCGUUCCAGUAUGUAUAUUUCAGUGGUGCAACGGCUUUAAUAUGCACCAGUGCGCACUGAGUGCAUCCAAUCGAAUUCGCUAUAAUACACAUCGAGUCAAUGCUCAGAAUUACAAAUCUUGGUCAGCACUAGAUUAAAAGAUUAUUGAGCCAACUUUAUCUGCAUCAAUAAUCUUAAAUAAUUCUUGAUAUUGAAUUUUCUGAGAAAAAUAGAUUUAAUCGUUCGACGACGACGAGCUCAUGUGAUAUCCGAUUGUUUCUACCCCUUUCGUAAAGAAACGACAAGGAGGUGACACGAGAAUGUGGUUGCGUAGUAUGUAUGUAUACACAAGCGUCCGUCAGUCAUUAUAUAUAUAUAUUCUGUGCCGUCAGUCGCGAUUUUGAGAGACGGUGGCACUGGUGAUCUGCUGACAGGGGCAUUCGACCUUUUACAACUUUGUACAACUCUCUGUGACGCGGAGAGAAGAUUGUCACUUUUUUUUCACAUAAAACAAGUUAUUCGUAUGACUCAAUGAAUCAUUUGUUAUUAAUUAGGAAUUACGUGAGAUAUGAUUCUGUGACGGUGUGCGUUUCUCGAGAUUUUAGUGAGUAAUCGCGAUAUAUUGUGAUUUGACAGAACAUCAAUACAAUUAUUAACCUUUCUCACUCCCUCUACCUCUCCUCUUCUCUUCUCUAUUUCUACCUCUUUCUAUUUCUCUCUCUCCCUCCCUCUCCCUCUUCCUCUCCCUCACCCUCACCCUCUCUCUCACUCAUAAAUAAAUAUAGGUAGAUAUGUUAAGGUAAUUUGUUCGUAACAAUACUGUCAAAAAAUUAAUGACCGACAAAUGACAUGUAGUAUUUGGCUAGGAUUGUCCGCGUUAUUCAUGUGUGUGUAAGAAUCUCAUGUGUACAUAUAUAGAAACUAAUGUGUGUAUUAGAGAUUAGGAUCACUUUAAAAUUAACUUCAAAGGUUAGCUGUCAUAUGCGUCCAUCGCUAAGAAUCAAUUACUUCGAAACUAAACGGUCAAAGGUCUUGUAUUUUUGUAAGUGUAUUUUUACACAAGUCUCUUCUAUCGUCUUCUUGUUUUUCAUAAAAGUUGCCAGAGUAGUUUGAUACUACAAUUAGAAACGUAGUAUCGGAAGCCGUUUUCAUACCUGUAAUACAUGUAAAAAGUACUAACUUUGAUUUCAAUUAUCUCAACUUCGGUACGGUCAAUUUUUUUCUAAUUGCACAGAUGGGCUUGAUGAACCAUUUUUAACGAGAAGAGUCCAGAAUAAAUUUUUGUUUUUGAUAGGAAGCAUUUAAUGCACUGGCAUGUCUAACCAAAAUGUCAUCAAGGAAAGCUUGAAAAUCCUUAUUGAGAGGAACAUAAAUACGUAUUUUCAGAAGUAGGCAUUUAAAUCACCGCAUAGUUUUAAAUGAUGAGGAAUAUUUAUCGCCAGAUAAUAAUUGAGCAUAAACUUAACGAUCACCAGUAUCUCCAGUAUACAAGAAAUAUACGUGAUGCUGUUACUUCCAAACUGCUUGCAGCUGUGCAAAAAGCUGCGGCAUGAUGCUGAAGAUUGUCCUGAUUAUACCGAUGCCUGUAUAAUGUUAGAAGAAUUCUGCAUAUUUGCUGCAGAACUGGCACGUCUGUGCGAGCGAGGAACAGCAACUGUUCCUAUGAACACCUCUUGCUCAUUACACGGUGAUGGAAAAGGCAUUAAUCACAAAACUGGCUCAAAGAGGAUGGCAUAUGAGGUAUUUUUGGGCGGGUCUUGUAAUCCAACUACCUGGAGAUCAGACAUAGCGAUACCGACUCUUCAGAACCUUGGCAUUACUUAUUAUAAUCCUCAAGUGUCACAAUGGGGUCCGGAAUUAAUAGCUCAAGAGUACGAGGCAAAGCAGACGGCGCGAGUCUUGUUGUUUGUCAUUGACAACCAAACACGCAAUAGCGCGGGCAUCAUCGAAGCAGCUCAACUGGCAGCUACACGUAGCGAGUCCUUGGUUCUUGUCAUUUAUCCGUAUCGUCAGGGACAGACUAUACUCGGAGAGACUGUUUCCACGCAGGAAUAUUAUGAUUUGAUGAACGGCUUGUUAGUGCUUCAGUACCUAAUGGAAAGGCAAAGGAUACCAAUAUUCAAAAGCGUAUCAGUUGCUCUUCACUGUACGUCCAAGAUGUUACGUGAAAAGAUCAACGUGCAGGAUUGCAUGAGCACUGAGGAUGGCAUUAGACCUAUAAGAAUCUCGCUUACUCAGAAUGGAAUGGAUGCAGUAAAAUUGCGGGAAAUUUUCAAAUCUAUAGACGUUGAUGAUAGUGGCACAGUAAAGUUAGGGGAAGCCUGGAUAAUGUUGCAGUCGAACACAAUGUGCAACAAUGUGUCUCUUUCGGAUCUGCUCAACACGGUGAAUAAGUCCGAAAUCUACAGAACAUUGAUAGACGGAUUUCCGGUGAAAGGUGACCCAACUGAAUUGCGAAUCAAUUUCGAGCAGUUUUGCGUUCUAGCCAGCGAGUCAUUGUGGACGCGGACGAAGAGUAAUGGCAUCUCUUGUGAAAGUGAGAUACCUUCAGUAUGGAAUAUAUUAUGUAGGAAGACCUCAAAUUUCUUGCGACGAGUUAUCGUACAUCCUUUUAAUCACUUCCUAGAUUGGACUAAUUCCUUUGUCCAAGAGUUCGAGAAGAGGGACAUUUAUAUUGGCGUUGUCAGUAAAGAUCUGUUUUGGUUAGAAUCUUCCGCAGUACCGUUGAUAGAGUCAAUGAGAUUGUCUUUGCACCGACCUAGCCUGAAUGAGUACAACGUAAGAGUAUUGCCGCAGGAAUUGCAGAAGAUAAAGAAUUCACGACUGAUCUUGUUGAUAGUGCCGCAGCAUUCGCGCGGCAUCGCCAUCAUGGCAUUGGCAGCUCAUUUGAUUGGACUGCGCGUUAAGCUCGUCCUCUGUGUUCAAACUCUUCCCGAGGGUUCUAUUGUGUCUGAUGACCAAUUGACUGAACAAGCCCGAAAAGAUUACAACCGGGGGAGGAUGUACCUGUCGGACUACGCAACGCGUGAAGGUGUACCUGUUUUUCAGAAUAUCGCUGAUGCUCUGCAACAUGCGAUACAAUUAGUUCAAAGUCCUUGUUGACUUAAUUGCUCUUUACUGGUUUUUUUUCUAUCUUUUUUCAUACAGAUAAGUUCAUUGGUUCGAUAAACUAAUUUAUUUUUAUCCUUAACAAUGUCCAGCUACCAUUUGAGAUCGACGCGAACACUAUAGAUAUAACGAUGAUGCUGUAUUGUUGUUAUAUUUAUAAUAAGCGAUUGUUAGUUAUAGCAAUUAUUAGCUGCUUUUGCUAAUAAGAUUGCUUCUUUUCAUUAUGUCUCUCAUUAGCAAUGUCUCAUCGACAUAUAGUUCUCGCGUGCUAUUUUCCAUUAACAAUGUCACUUAUACGUAUAGUAUUAUUACUAUUAUCGUUUUUUAAGUUCUUGACAAAGUUAAAACACACGCAAUCAAGACUUUUUAUUUACGUCAAGAUAUUUUAUUUAUUGUUACUAUUUGUCGUGAGCACAGCAUUUCUGAAGCAAUUAUUUUUACUUUGUUGACCGUAUUACGUAUGGUCCUUUUAUUUUUUAUUUUAUCUUUAAAAAAAUACGUUUUAUAUUGGCUAAUGAGUGUCGAGCAGCUAAUUAUUUUAUUAUUACUUGGUUAUUUUUUUAUUACUAUGUUCUUCUCUUAUCGAAUGACGUUAAACUCUUAUAUAAAUUAUUGUAGAUCAGUAGGAAAGCAGUCUCUCACGGUAGAUGGACAUAUACGAUCUUUCUCUCUCGUUUUUUUAUAGCAAUUUGACGUUCGCAAUUUUUUGUAAUGUUUUGGUAACGUGGUUGAGGAUUGAUUUGAUAUACCUGCAUAUAAAACUCAUAAUUCUCUAACGAUCUAAUCAAAUUAUUAACUUUUGGAAUUUGAUCGCUGAAAAAUGCGAGAGGGAGGAUGUCGUGUGGGAUUUGCUUGUAUUUUGAAUGCGUGGUGUGUAUCUCGGCUGAGUAUGUGUAUGUAUAUCGAUAUGUAUGCGUGGGAUAUAUCAUGAAUUUGCAUUGUUUGAUGUAUUUCAAUAACCGCAAAUAUCAAAUUUCAACUGUCGAUGAUAAUUUCAAUAAGCCGAAUUAUGUCUUAUACAAAUCAGUGUGUAACAUAUGAGUGAAUAAGUGAAUGAAAGAAAAAAAAGAACAUAGGCAAGAACGAGAUGUUUUAAGCUAUUGACUGAUGGCAGAGAACGAAACGUAGCUCUUACGUCUAUCGUAGUCAUAGACAUAAAACAAGGCAGAGAACACUGUAUGUAUACGUAACUACGUAAACGUAAAGUCAUCGUGUCGAUACGUGACGAUACGAACGUUAGUUACGUAUACGGUUUUCUCUGCCUUGCUGUACGUCUAUGACUACGAUAGACGUAAAAGAGCCUACGUUUCGUUCUCUGCCAUCAGCCAUUCAAUAUCUGCGGAUUACUCAAAAUCUUGCUAAGAGAUUUCAUCGUUUGAAGGAACAAAUGAGAAAAAGGAAGUAGCUCAAGAGAAAAAUCGUUUAUUAUAUUUUUUGCAUAAAUAUAUACACUCGUACACACGUAUCUUACCAAACAUUCUCUUUUUGAAAUAAAACAACUGUUAUCGGUUCUCACAUGUUUUCUUUCUGCAUUUUUGUUUUCGCACGAAAUAUUGAUACAUCUGUUGUGUGCGACAGCUAGUAAGAAAUUGUUAGAACUGUGCUCGUAUUUAACGAUCGUCAAGAUUAUGUGAUCCUAAAUUUAUGUUGCAUCCAAAUUAUAUUAAAGAUACUCGAAAUACGAUACGUUUAAUGCUAUAACGCGUGAAUAAAAGCUUAGAUAGUAGCCCCCGCUUGAAAUUAUAUUUUUGUUAUCGUAACACAUUACCUUUCAAUUCAAAUAAUUUUAAACGAGCAAUCGACUGUAUGAAUGUAAUACCAGUCAGAAUAAGUGACUUUUACUCGGUUUUCGAUCUACUGUCCUCGUCAUUUUUACUUUCUCUAAGAUCUACCAUUUUUUCUGUAUUAUCCUUUCCAGGGAAGUAGUACCUUCGUAUAUUCUUGAGCGACAACAACACCGGUAUCAUAGCCGGUAGAAAUAGGGGAAUGUAUACAGCGUACCUGUAAUAUUUCAGAAUUAUUAUUUGUAAUGUAAUUUAAAAAAAUAUAUGCUAAAUUUUCGUAA